CUGCUGCUUUAGCUCGCUCUGUAAUAUCUCUUCGUCAUCACCUUAUGUUCUCCAUGCCUCGCGCUCCCAGGCGGCUCUGGCUGACUCGUCGACCUGUUGUCCUCCCGCGAUGCGCGCUGCUCGGUUCUGCGUAGCUGCCGCUUUCCUCCUGGCCGCCGUCGGGGCUACCUGCUCUUCCAAGGAACUCUUCCUUCGGGACGAUCGAGAUGCCGAUGCCGUCUCCCUGUUAAGUGAAGAGGACGCGCUACGUGGCUUGCAAGUUCCCGACGACUUCACGACAUUGCAGGAGACGACGCCGGGGCUCAAAUGCAAGUUUCGCCUCAGCGGACAAGAAUUUGAUUUAUGUCCGCUCUUUGACGCCCGAAAGGGCCAACCUCCCAUCCAAAUAGAGUGGGACGACGAAACACCGCCAACGAUCACGACAACGCGCUUCACACUGCAAGUGACGCAUCGUCUAUGGCGUAACAAAACGCUCUCCGAGAAGGAACAAUGCCCUCCAGGAACGUGGGUGUGCAAGACAGUCUUGAACAGAUUGCCAGGCAAGCGCCGCACCCGGCGCAUCACCCAAAUGGUGCCUCUAGCAGGAACGCUCGCCCGACAUCCAGACCACAACCAUACGGAUGACAAAGAGAGCGACCGGUACUUCACCCGGCUCAACAUGACCGUGCGCACCCGCACCCCCGAGGACGGGCCGCACGACGCAUUUAUUCUCUCCCUGCACGGAGGGGAGUGGGCGAAGCGAAAUCAAACCGCGAGCUUCGCGUUUGUAUGCGAUCACAACGCGGAGGAGCCCACCUCUCCUAACUGGGUAUGGCAGUGGGGCUCAUGGCAUGUAUUCCGUUGGAAGACCCGACAUGCGUGCUCGAAGAACUUGACUCCUGAUAAGGGUUCUGGAGGAGACGCGGGCGGUGACGAGCGGAACCCGAGCCUUCCACCCAAGGAGGACACGGGAGCAGGAGAGCAGCCUAUCUACGACCCAGAGCCGGACUCGGAGCUCGUAAGUGGCGGACGGUUGACUUGGGGCAUCAGUGGCGUCAUCUUAUCUGGUCUAGUGAUUAUGCUCACGCUAUAUCUUCUCACCCAUCCCCGCUUCGCCUCUAAACGACGCACAUUGCUCGCAUACAUGCCCGCUUUCGGCGCCUUCCUCGUCUCUCGUGCACCCAUCCUUGCCGCGCUCUUUUCGCGUAUCCUCCCGGCGCUCAGCAAAAUCCCCAUCCCGAGUUUCCUUCACAGCGUGUUCCCCUUCAGCCGCAUGCGCGGAGGCGGGGCAUGGUCCGACGAGGACACUGCGCGUUUCCUAGCGUUCGAUGCCGACGCUGAAGGUGCCGAGGACGAGAUGGUUGACGGACCCGGGUACGGUGGAUAUCCACCCAGGCCCGCGCGAAGCAACGAGGAGAUCCCGCUCACCCCGAGCCCGCGCAAAGCAAGCUUUGGUCCUAUCAGCGGCUACGGCACUGUCGGCUCUAGCGGCAAGUGAUUCGAUGUCGCGCGAGGCAACGCGCGCGCAUGUGCAGUCGCUAGUGCUGAGGAUUAUCAUGAGUGUAGAUUCGUCUUGCUAUGUUCUGUACCACUAUAUGUUGUAAAUCAAAC